AUGCAAAAAUUCGAAGAAUUAAAAAUAGCCAUUACUGGAGCUGCUGGUAAUUUAGCUUCUGCAUUGUAUUUCUAAAAAUAUUGAAAAUCUAGUUAUCCUCUUUUGGGAUCUGGUUAAGUGUUUGGCUCAACUCAAAAAUUCUCAUUAUAACUAUUAGAAUUACCUGAAAAACUACAAGAAUUAGAAGGAAUCAAGAUGUAAAUAUAAGACUGUGCAUUUCCACUUCUGAAUAAUGUUAUAGUGUCAAGUGAUCCUACUAUUGCAUUUAAAGAUGCAGAUGUUGCAAUAUUUUUAGGAGCCAUGCCUCGAAAACCAGGAAUGGAAAGAAGUGAUCUGUUAUAAAUGAACAGAGAAAUAUUUAUACAAUAGGUUCUAUAUUGAAAUUAUAAACUCAGGGUUAAAUCUUGAAUGAAUAAGCCAAAACUACUGUUAAAGUUUUAGUUGUGGCAAAUCCAAGCAACACUAAUUGUGCAACUCUGGCUCAUUAGUGCACUAAAAUUCCAUAACAAAAUUUUACAUCUCUUAUGUAACUAGAUCAUAAUAGAUGUGUCUCAACUGUAUAGCAAUUUUUAUAAUUUUAGCUUGCAAGAGAAGCCAAUACAACCAUUGACUAGAUCAAAAGAGUGAUCAUUUGGGGAAAUCACUCUCUUACAUAAUACCCAGAUAUGACUCAUUCAAUUAUUAAUGGUAAAUAAGCAUCAGAAACAUUUUCAAAGGAUUUCUUGAGAAAUGCUCUUAUUUAAUAAGUUUAAUAAAGAGGAGGAUAGAUUUUAUAGCUUUCUAGAGGAGCAAGUACAAUUUCUGGAGCAAUAGCUGUUAAAGAUCAUUUAAGGACAUGGUUUUUAGGAACAUCUUAAGAUAAUUGGACAUCUUUUGGAGUAUUCAAAAUUAUUAGUAUAGGUAAUUUCUGAUGGAAAUCAUUAUGGAAUUCCAAAAGGAAUUUGUUUUUCUUUGCCUGUGACUUGUAAAGAUUUUGAAUUUAAAGUUGUUGGGGAUGUAGAAUUAGAUGACUUUGCUAAAUAAAGAAUUCAAUUAUCACUAGUCGAAUUACAAAAAGAGUAGUAAUGAUU